AUGCCUAGAGCAGGAGAGAGUGGGACCAGGUUGCUGCGUCUGUUCUUGUUCCACUUGCUAGGAACUUGGCUUCUACUGAGCCAACUUCCAAGAGAGAUCCAAGGCCAGAAAGGGGAAAUUUUUAUUACGUGCAACCGCGAAUUCGUCCGUUUCUUCAUCAGUGUCUGCGGCACUCACGUGUGGGCAGAGGAAACGAGGAAGCAGCGUAAACCAAGAUCUGAACCAUCUGCAGAAAUCAUGACACUUUCCACCACCAGAAAUGAAGAAAACUUAAACACAGUAACAGAAUUGAUUCCUACUUUGCCACAGAAACAGAAGAGAACAUUGGAUGAGAGGCAUCCAGUAUUGAAGGAAAUACUACAACAGGAUGCAUCAGAGGAUACAAAUCUUAACUUUGAAGAACUCAAGGAAAACAGAUUCCAUACUACUGGAGCAGGAAAAAAAAAUCUUUCAGAAUUAAAAAAUGUACACUUAAUUAAACAUUUACUUAAAAAGAGGCAAGCCCCUUACCUACUAUCUACCAAGUGUUGUUCUGUAGGCUGUACCAAGAGAGAGGUGGCCCAUUUCUGCUGAGAUGAAGCUAAUUGUAUAUUUCAUCCUAUGUGCACAUGUAUUCUCAAUGGCACAUUCACAGAUGCCUUCGUCACCCCACUGAUCAUUAGAAUAUGAAAAAUCAUAAUUAGUG